CACUUGUCUGUUAUCUCUGUGAUAAGUCGGCAAAUGAGAAAAUGAGUUUGAAUAAAUAGAUCCAAAAUAAUUGGUUGAAUACUAUAUUGGCCUGUGUCUUUAGCGUAUUUACAUGUGCGACGUAGAUAGUAUUAUUUAUAUUUAAACCAUGGAAGAUGUGGACGAUAUUGAAGAUUUAAUAUCGGCUGUAGCUGAUGUCGCCGAAACGGGAAGAGAGAAACCUCGGAUUAGCGUUACUACGCGGAUUAAAAACAAAAACAAGAAAGCAAAUGAAAUCAUUCUUCCGUCUCCUCAGGUACCAGGCACUCAAAGUAUAUUCAUAAGAACUUGGGGUUGUUCACACAAUAGUUCAGACGGCGAAUAUAUGGCAGGACUACUGGCGAGUUACGGAUAUACUAUCACAGACGAUAAAGAAAAGGCAGAUUUAUGGAUACUGAAUAGCUGUACGGUGAAAAACCCAGCAGAAGAUCAUUUUAGGAACGAGAUUACUGAUGGUAAAAAAUCAGGAAAGUUUAUUGUAGUCGCUGGUUGUGUUCCUCAAGGUGAUCCUAAAUCUUCAUUUAUUCAAAAUCUGAGCGUGAUCGGUGUACAACAAAUCGACAGAGUAAUAGAAGUCGUGGAAGAAACAUUGAAGGGCCACACCGUACGGUUUUUGGGACAAAAGAAAAUCAAUGGCAAAAAAGACGGUGGCGCUAGAUUGCAGUUGCCUAAAAUUCGUAAAAAUAAGUUAAUAGAAAUUAUAGCUAUAAGCACAGGUUGUUUGAACCAAUGUACUUAUUGCAAAACAAAACACGCUAGAGGAAAUCUUGGCAGUUAUCCUCCUGAUGAAAUAGUGCAAAGGGCUAUCGAGUCUUUUGAAGAAGGAGCUGUAGAAUUAUGGUUGACUAGUGAAGAUACAGGUGCAUACGGACUUGAUAUCGGAACCAAUCUACCAGAGCUUUUAUGGCGUUUAGUCGCUAUUAUACCCGAAGGGUGUAUGAUGAGAAUCGGCAUGACAAAUCCGCCAUACAUCCUAAAUCAUUUGGAGGAAAUUGCAAAAAUUCUGUCACAUCCAAGAGUGUAUGCUUUCCUGCACGUCCCCGUGCAAGCGGGCAGUAACCAAGUUUUAGCAGAUAUGAAACGAGAAUAUUCGAUCGAAGAAUUUGAAACUGUUGUUAAUUUUCUACGACAAAAAGUGCCUGGUGUCUCUAUUGCAACGGACAUUAUAUGUGGGUUCCCGACUGAAACCGAGGAGGAUUUUGCAGAAACUAUGAGAGUUUGUGAAAAAUAUAAGUUUCCUAGUCUAUUUAUUAAUCAAUUUUACCCUCGAAAAGGAACUCCAGCAGCUCGGAUGCCUAAAAUACCACCAGAUUUGGUAAAACAUAGAACCAAACGACUUACUGACUUGUUUCAUUCAUACACCACGUACGACCAUAGAGUUGGCGAAUUACAAAAUAUAUUAAUUACCGAAGAGGCAAAAAGUGGUACUGAGUUGAUCGGACAUAAUAAAUAUUAUGAACAGGUACUGAUUGCAAACAGGCCUGAAUUAAUGGGAAAAUUUGUUACAGUUAUUGUGAGAUCAGCAAAGAAACAUUGUUUGAUAGCCGAUACUGUACAAGACCAAACUGUAUUAAAAAAGAAAAACGAUUUAAAUGCUAAACUGCACUUUAUUUGGCCGGUUUUUGCACUGAUAUUUUGCAUUUUAGCAAGAUUGUUUUGGAUGUUACUUUGAUGUACAUCAGUUUGAAAAAUUCUAUUGAAGUAUUAACAUAAUAGUAUUAACUUCAUGACCUCCACGUAACUUCGACUUCGUCUGUUCUAAACCUGACAAAAUAACAUUUAAUUUACUUUUAAAACUUUAGUUAGUUUUCAUAUUAUUAUAUAAUUGUAAUUUAGUUUAAUGCUAUUACGGUACCUUUGAGUGCAAAAUGUAUCUUCCCAAGUCGUUUUAUAUCCACUUGUAUACAUUAAAGCUCCGGUAUGGGCAAUCAUAACACCAUUGUCUAUACAGAACCUGUACAAGCAAUAAACAUGAAAUU